UGUUUUUGGUCAACAAAAUGGAUCGAGUACCCUGCCCAUUUUUCGCAACCUGAAAUAAUCAUGCUAAUAACAGAUCAAUUACAACCUUAAAAUAUAAUUCUGUACGACAAAUGGGCUAACCAAAUGGUGAGGAAAGGGCAGGUACAUGCCAGACAGUUUCCGCAUUUCAUAGGAGUGGGUCAUGCUGAUGACCAACAGCAGCAGGACCAGGAGCAGGAGCUGCAUGUAGAGGGUGGACUCCAGGACAGCAUGGAGCACAGGGAUGGAGGUCCAAGACAACUCGCUCAUGAAACCCAGCCUUACCAUGGGGAUGAGAACCUCCUUCGCAGGAGCUACGGGGGAUUCGGCGUCAACAUGCAUCCCCAGGGCAUUCCGCUGGGGUACAGACCAAGUGAAGAAGUGCCGCAGCGGGAAGACCCUCGCAAUGUGAUCCACCGGCCGUACGAACAGCGGGAGGUGGUGAAUGUCCACCAGCCUGUGGAGCCUAUGAGAUGGAGUAGGGAAGAGGAGCCAGGGUAUGAAGAGAGCAACAAGCAGUUAGCGGUUGCGCAGAUGAUGGCUGAGAUGCACCAGGGGAACAUGCUUCAGCAGCGAAGCAGUAACUUGAUGAUGAUGGCCAGUCAAAUGGGACAAGGUCGAUAUCAUCCAGAUUUUUUGCAGACAGGAGGUAGGAUGUUGUUUGGUGCUCCCCCUCCGAGGGUGAGCACUGAGGAGCGUUUCCCUUAUCAAACAGAGAUGAUGAGACAGAACCAGGCUAUGAUGUUUGGUAUGGCUCCACCAGCCCUUGAGAAGGGUAGGUUUGAAGAACUCUUCCAGCAGCAACGCGGUAUGAUGAUGGAUAUGGCUGCCCGGGGAAUAGGAGACUCAAGAAUGCAGGAAUUCUAUCUAGGACGGGGAGGAAUGGUUGAUCCUAGCCCUCGAGAGACCAUUCACUCCAGAAAUCAUGUUGACUUUGGACAUCCUAGGGUAGGAAUGAUGAUGGGCAUGAGCCAUGAUGGGUGGCGAGGCCCAGCAGAGAAUGUAGAAUCCGGUGAAUCUGAGGAUAUUAGGCAUGAGGUACCACUGGAUGCCAUCGAUACGAGUCACCUGAAGGUAGAAUCGCACGUGACAGAACCAAGUAGGGAACAUUUUAUAGAUAGGCCAACCUUGCCACACACCGCGGAGCAUAGCCCUGACAGUACUCCAAACAUGAACUUCAUCCAACCUAAUCACACGUUUACAAGUGAAGCGAUUGUUAACGAGAGAAGCGUUCCAAGAAAUCCAGAAACUGUAGGUACAGUGAGUAAUAAUCUUCCAUUACCCAGUGUGGGAUCGCUGGGAGUCAGAGACACGGUGGCAGAGAUGGUGAUGGAAAUGGAGAGAAGGGAUAGGGAAAAGAUGCGAGAGAUGAGUGGUUCAGAAGAAAGUAGCAGUUCAGAACAGUCAGAUUCUGACUCGGAGGCAGAGGAUGCAGACGGAAACAAACAGAAGCACCAAAGUAUUCCAACCCAAGUUUCACCUUGUGAAGUGGACGAGACUUCCAAAGUCCUGCAUCCUGAUCGGAGCGAACUGCACGUCAAGCUCCCUCAGGAUUCCUACUCCCAGGAUAGUGGGAGUGAGAGUGAUGAAUCUUCUGUUGCUCAUGACCACGAAAAGAACCCAUCUUCCGGAAGCUCCCAAGAUGAAGCAGAAUCCCCUAUCCCAUCGCCAGCGUACCCUUUGCCAACCCCCAUCAGAAGCAUGAAAGCAAAGCUGAUGGCUGCAGUGCGCCAAGACCUCAAGGAAGAAGCAGUCUCUGUAGAUUCCAAAAACCACCAGAAUUUGGAUGUUUCCUCUGAUGAGAAGCAUGACAGUGAGGAUGAAGCAGAAGAGAGCGCUGAUGAUGAAGCAAACUGCAAACAGCCUGCACAUCAUCAACAAAACUUGCCAAGCACCCCUCAGCAUGAUAGCCUUGACAGUGAUGCAUCCUCGCAUCCAGAUAAUCACGAUAUCAAGUCUGUUAGAAUGCCGAUGUGGCGUUGGAUAGGUCCCAAGCAGAGCAAAAGCACCCGUGUUACACGGCAAAGUGCCAAAAAGGGUAACCUGACUAUCCGCCUUGUGAAGAGGAAACAACCGCCAAAGAAGCGUGGCAGGAGGAGAAAAGCAGUCGCUGUACCAAUCACCAAAGAAAGUUUUCCAACUGCCGUCCCCUGUGCUCAUCCCACCUCCAAAAGGAGGGGUAAGGUCUUCCAGAAAGUUGUGAUGGAGGACAUGGUCGUUAUGGAUGGACAGAUCAUGACGGUCAACAAGAGAGGGCGCCCCAGGAAGAUCAUGACAGAAGGGGAACUUCCUAAAAAGGUUACUAAGCCGAGAGGGAGACAGAAGAGAGUGAAAUCAGAAGACAAUGGUCCACCAAAGAAGAGAGGAAGACCAAGGAAAGAGCCUUCAGAAAAAGAACCAGUUAAAAAGGUUAAGAGGGUUAGAAGCAAGUCUACGUUACCCAGGAAUGUUAAACUCAUCAGCAUUCCUGCCCCUGAGAACAUCACAAGCGAGAAGGAUUCUGAGGAGAAGAAAUCAAGCAACGUUGGGCAUGGAGGAAAAGACUUUGGAUGCCCAUUCUGUGGCAAGGAGUUCAAGUGUGGCUUCCGGCUUAACAAGCACAUGCAGACGCACAUCCCCAAGGAAGUCUUGGAGCAAAACGACCAAGGAACCAUCCAGAUGCAGCUGGCUCUGUCGCCAGAUCGGGAAAAGCGGAUGGUGCGCUUCGACCAAUGUCAAUUCUGCAAGCAGCUUUUCAUGGACCUGAAAGCUCACAUCCGUAGAGUUCAUUCCGAAGCCGAGGAGCACCUUUGCAGCAUAUGUGGACACGUGCUCCGCAACAAAGAGAGUCUGGUAGCGCAUGAGAAACGUCACAAGGUCGUCGCUGCGGGGAAGAAGGAGUUCGUCUGCAAAGAUUGUGGAGCCGACUUUUUUUUCCAGACGGGACUGAAUCAACACUCAAAGCGCCAUCUCUCAGAGAGGGCGUGUGUCUGCGAGGUUUGUGGGAAGGCGUUCAAGACCACCAAGGAUCUUGAGAAGCAUAAACUGGUCCACACGAAGCCGCACUCCUGCCCGGUGUGCAAGCGUCGGUUUGGGCAGAAGUCCAACAUGAAAGCUCACAUGAGACAGCAUUCCGGCGACAAGCCGUUCCGAUGUGACCUUUGUAGCGCGUCCUUCACCCACAAUGUCAGUCUCAAGACUCACAAGAAGAACACUCAUGGCAUUGAUUGGUGGAAGGAGAACGGCAAGAAGGAGGAGCCGGACGAGAAGAUGGAGAAAAUGGCCAUCAUGAACGCAUGCCUGGACUAUUUUGGCAAUACUGGUGGUGGGAACGGCCCAAAGUGGGAACCACCUGCCCCUCCGCCUAAUCCCAACCCCAAUCCCACUCCUAACCCUAUUAAUCCCCUCCACCCUAUUAAUCCCAUCAAUCCGUUGAACACCAUCAAUCAUUUCACCCCUAUUAACCACAGCCAGGUGAGUGAGGGUAACAAUGACCACGCCCCCAUGCACCUGCCGCACUUUACCCCUCUCAACUCUUUGAGUGCGAUGCACCCCGACACCAGGCCACACCCUAUGGAAGACAUCAAACCCAUUGUCUAAAACACACUGUAUGAUUCAAAGUAUGGUGUUAGUGUUGGUGUUGACAUUGGUGUUGAGAGCAUAACUCUUGCUGAACCUACAUGUACCAUUACCCAAUUCGAAUCAUUUGAGACCACAUUAAUCUGAUCAACUUCAAAACUUGUAAAGCUUGGUAAGUCUCAUUCAGAUAUGACGUGACUAAGCCCAAGUACAUUUGUUGAAGUUUUCAGUCAUGAUGUGCCGAGCCAGCUCGCAUCUAGUGCAUUGUAUGGUACAUGUACAGUUGAUGUCAAAAUCAAGUAGUUCCAUACUUUAAAUAAGAGGGCAUGAGGACACUAUUAAAGCUAUGGGGUUUUUUUAAAUCCGUAGGGUCAUUUCUCAUAAUUAACUCCAUGUUAAACCCUAGACUCGGCACAAAUUUUGAUUCAAACUUGCAUAGAAUGCCAGCUUUCCAUUAUGUCCAUCUAUAUUCAUAAGAACAUGAUAUACCAAAUAAUGCAUUCAUAUUUAUUGUAUUCUCACAUUUUAUUCUUCUCGUUUCAUAAUCACUCUGUCAGUCCUUAAGUCUUUAUAUCCUGUUUAGUCCCUACAAACUUUGGAUAUCAUAAGAAAUUAUAGUUUGAACAAUUAUUGACCAUAUGAUUGAAAUAAUUAACUUUUGAUGAAUGAGGUGCAUAUGACACUCCAUAAAAGUAUGAUCAUCUUAAGCCUGGGAUCAACUAAGCCACUACAACAAGAAUUCCAUACAGAGAUUAUAGAUGUGCUCUGCAUUAGUUGAGAGCGAUGUGGGUGCUUAAUGUGAACUUGUUCUGCUGGAACGCCUUUCUAUCUGGCAUUCAAUGAACACCUUUUCAUAGUGAAAAUAUGGAGAUUAAGAUUUUUGGGGGUUUAUUUUUUGCUGCCCACUUAACUUGCCAUUUAUUUUCUUAUUGAGUAAGUACAGUGGCCGUGUUCAGCAUAUCUUUGUAAGCAAAAUGGUUGGAUUUUUUUUGGGGGGGGAUUGUACUUUGUUGCUGGACAAAAAGUGUAAAGCCGGCACGCAUGAAACGAUCCGACUGCAAUAAGAUUUUUGCAAACAAAUCACAUUUUGCAAUUUUGCAUUAAAUGUGAAAAUUCCACAAAGUGAAAUGUUUUAUUUAAAGUUUGGUUUAAUACUAGAAAUAGUAAAAUCAGAAUCUGCUUCAAGCCUUGUAAUUGCAGCAUUGAUGAAGUCACUAAGAUUUGGAAUCAUUUAAAGUAAAAAAAAAAAAAUACUUCCAGAUGCAAUAGUAGUAGUAGAAGUAGAAGUAG